GCCAACCUCGCGGAUGCCCAAGCUCGCAAGGCAGAGCUGGAGCGGGAGUUGGCCAACCGAAAAGCCGAUGCCAAAGUGCAGGCUGAUCGGAUUACAGGCCUUGUUCAGGAGCUUCAGAAGCUGCGAAGCGAAGCUUCGGGUUGGCGUUCUGAGUGUGCAAAUGCUUACAGCGCCCGAACAGCGUUGGAGGAUGGCCUCGUCAGCGAGCGCAGCGCCUGGAGCGAGGAGAAACUGGCAGCGCGAAUCUCCAUGGACAAAGUCAUGCUGCAGGCAGAGAGCUUGGAAGAGGAGCUGCAGCUGGUUGAGGCGAAGGCAGAUGCCGCCGCAUCCCGUUUGGCAGCCAAACGGGGAGAGCAGCAGAGUCAACUGGAAGAGCUUGAGACAGGCCUGCGCAAGGCGAAAGCCGAGCUGGCAAAUGACAAGCGCAGAUUGGCCGCGGAGAAUGACGC